CAGGAAGAAAUCCAAAGAAAGCUUCACUCCAGACUUGACACUAGAAAUUCCCAAAAAAAAAAAAUCGGAAAAAAAUGAGGUAUGGCGGUUCAAGGAAGAAGCGAGCUUUGGUGCGGUGGUUUUUGAUUCUCGGCGCAGCUUUUACAUUUAUAAGCUGGCUGAUGCUGCUGACUCUAAGAUCCAUUGAUGCACCUCCGACGACGACGACGACGAAUGUGGCGUUGGUGGAUUUGCCAGGCAAGCUGGAGCACCAGUUGUUUCAAGGAGACGGCGUUUUGCCAUCGGCGGAGGCGCCGAAGAAAGCUCCGGCGAAGAGUUGUGCCACGGUGGAGGAAAUGGGGAAGGAUUUUAAAGGGAGGAUCUUGAAGGAGAGUCUUGGAGUUCGAAGGAUUAUUCAACGUCACUUUUCUGUAAAUGGUGCUUCAAGAAUUCGAGAGCUUCCUCCAGAGCAGUUUUGUAGACAUGGGUUUGUGAUAGGGAAAGCAUUUGAAGCCGGUUUUGGAAAUGAAAUGUAUAAGAUAUUAACUGCUGCAGCUUUAAGUGUAAUGCUGAACCGGUCGCUGAUCAUUGGGCAAACCAGGGGUAAAUAUCCUUUUGGGGAUUACAUUUUGUAUUCCAAUCUCACCUUUACCUUGAGAGAAGUGAAGCAUCUAUGGAGACAAAAUGGCUGUGCAAAAAUCUAUGGAAGGCAUCUGGUAAUGAGGACUGAUGAUUUUAAGAAGCCAACAAAAACAAAUGCUCUUUGUAGCAAUUGGAGGAAGUGGCGUCAACCUAUCAUAUGGUAUCAAGGUACCAUGGAUGCUGUAGCUGCUCAAUUUUUCUUGAAGAACAUACAUCCUGAUAUGAGAAAUGCUGCUUCUGAGUUAUUUGGAAAGCCAGAAUCUCUUCAAUCUCGCCCUAAUGUAUUUGGGGAACUAAUGAGAGUUCUAAUUUCUCCUUCAAGAGAUAUUGAGGAAGCAGUUAAUUGGGUUCUUCGUGGUGGUAGGGACCCUGAUAUUACAUUGCACAUGCGGAUGCUUAUGAAUAGGCCUGUGAGAGCUGCACAGGCUGCAUUGAACUGCCUCAGAAGAGCAACACGCAACUUACAGCAGGGAUCAGAACCCAGGGUGGUUGUAGUAUCUGAUACCCCCUCUUUUGUAAAAAGCAUUACACCAAAUAUAAGUGAAUUUGCUAAGGUUCUUCAUUUUGAUUAUAAACUUUUCAGAGGUAAUGUCUCUCAUGAUAUUAAAGCAUCACCAAAUUUGGAUUUUAGAGUGAAAGAUUGGGGCCCAGCACCCAGAUGGGUUGCUUUUGUGGAUUUCUUUCUUGCAUCUCGUGCAAAACAUGCAGUUGUUUCUGGGGCUCACAGGCGUGUUGGGACUACCUAUGCGCAGUUAAUUGCUGCACUAGCUGCAGCAAACAGUAUGGGGGAAAAUUCUACGGGUUCAAGUUUUUCUUUCCUAAGCAGCUUCCAGAGUAAUUUGUUGGCAGACGGUUUGAAGCUUCAGGCGGGUUGGGGGCAUGUAUGGAACCGAUUUGCAGGGCCAUUGAGUUGUCGGGGACAGCCCAAUCAGUGUGCUUACACACCACUUCUUCCUCCAGCUUGGUGGGAGGGUAUCUGGCAAUCUCCCAUUCCGCGCGACAUUCGCAGGUUGGAACAAUAUGGUGUCCACCUCUCAGGCUUCGGAACGACUGAUGGAAAUCAGAUUCGUUCAUUUUGUAGGUCUAGGAAGAAUAUUGUGAAAACUGUUUCAUUCAUAUAGAUGUAGUUGCUGAAGCUACAAUUCAUUCAGUGCAAGUUUUCUGUAGUGUAGUUGCUGAAGCUACAAUUCAUUCAGUGCAAGUUUUCUGUAGUGUUAUUCACAGCA